UUGAAGAAGAAGAAGGCUCGUAAUCUGGUGGAAAAUACACCACCUGAGCGACUGGCUGUUCAUACAACAUGGCUGUUAAAUUUUAACCUCGUCAGUCAAAUGUCAGAACAGAUGGAUCUUGGAGAAACCCCCACGAUCGUAAUGAAAAUUUGUGCCUACCUAGGUCCUGAUGACAUUCCAUAUCAGGUGAUAAACGAAGGACUCCACGUUGUAGGAACUUCUAAGGUAGUAAGUGAUUUGUGGGAUGCAGCCGAGAUAGUGUCCCUUCUGACAAAGUUUUCCCUUUUUCAAAGGCAUGGGACAGAUUCUUUCAGUGUUCAUCGCCUGGUACAAGACGUUAUCCAAAGUGAGAUUGAAAAGGACGAAACUGAACUUCGUGUGCUUUGCUGUGCAGUGCACACACUUAACCAUGCACUAACAAAAACACUCUCCCCAGCGGAAGUCUGCAAAAGUUUCGUUGAAGAUGCGGUUUUCAGUGUUGAGAAUCCUCCUUCGUUACAACUGUGGGGCAAGUUGGCUUCGCACUCGACAUACUUGCAAGAACAUUUGCGUGGCUACGUAGCAAAACAUGAAAAUGAUGUCGAGAGUUUGCAUAGUUUGCUCUACACUGAUGCAACUGUUCGUAUAUUUAACGAAGCAGCGAUAUUUUUUAGUGUUUCGCAUCAGAAAGUGAAAGCUCAGGCUAUGCAAAAAAAGAAACUAGAGUUGCUAGUACACCUUGAAAAGCCGACUCCUGAGGAAGAUUGUAGCUUGCCGCAUUAUUUUGUUGAUGUACCUUUGAAAGGCAAGGACCACAAGGUGAUAACGUGUUGUAUGAGAAGCCUUCCUCCUGAAAACGAGGCCGUGGCUAAAGAUUCUUCUUAUAAUGAGAGGAAGAUGGAAGGCGACCAACUGAGAGAAAAAGGGAACGAUGCAUUUAAAAGUAGAAAUUUCCAAGAGGCACUGCGUCUUUAUACAAGAGCCAUUAAUCUGUGGCCUGAAGACCACCAGCUGUUUAGUAAUAGGGCCCUCUGCCAUUUAAAACUUGGAGACCCGAGAAAAGCUCUGGAAGAUUGUCAAAAAUGUCUUUAUCUAAAACCUGGUUACAACAAAGCACUUCAACGGAAAGCUUGGGCUCUGCGCGAACUUGUAGAAGGUGGAAAUACUGAGCUUGGAGGGCAGAAACGUGCAGCAAUAGCAGUCGCCCUUCACUUCGAUCCCAGUCUUAGCCAAGACAAAACGUUUUGUCAGAGGUUUCCUGAGGUACCAGGACUUCGCGUCAGAGAGAUAAACAAUGAAACUCAGCUGGCGUUUGCUUUGAUGACCACUAAAGGGGACGAAACCUUGCUGUUGCAUGAAGGAGAUUACCAAUUGACUUCCUUUGGAACAUUUAGGGACCUUCAGAUUGUAGGUCUUGGACCCAAGACCUAUUUAAAUUGUGCACAGAUGUGCCGAGUUGCCCGCGCUAAAUGCUAUUUUGAACAUAUUGUGUUUCCUAAAGGGAACGUUGCCCUGAUCUGCGAAGAAAAAAAUGGAGCAGUUCACUUAAAUCAGUGUGAGAUCUCAGGAGGGGAGACAAGUUGUGAGGACUAUCCAGAAUGGAACGGAGGUGAAGGCUGUGUGGGGCCCUCUUUUGGGAAGCCUGCUUGCGAUCGGACAGGAAAAUUUGGCAGUGCAGCAUCACAGUCUGGCAUGGUUGGCUUUCCGGGCGUCGACAUUUCAAACGGGGCAUCUGGAUUGAUCGAAAACUGUCUAAUUCAUAAUUGUGGUGGUGGUGGCGUUCUUGUUUCUGGGAAAAGUUCUCGACUAAUUGUAAAAAACUGUGAGGUCUAUAAGAACCACCAAGCAGGAUUAGAAGCCAGUGAAGGUGGAAAACUUGAAGCUCUCGGAAACAAAAUAUUCGAUAAUGGUUAUCACGGCGUUCUGAUUGGUCCAACCGCUGGAGAAUGUGACAUCUCUGAAAAUGAGAUUUUCGAAAAUGAAAGAGAAGGGAUUCUCGCUCUCGAAACUGAAGAGAAGAUAGGACUCGGCAACAACACUAUCCACCACAAAAGACCCUUUGGGAUUUCCCUUGAUGAGAAUUCUCAAAUGUUCAUAAGCAGGAAUAAGAUUUUCGAGAAUGGAUUCUGGGGCAUCCUCGCUAAACCCCGAACAUCUGCACACAUAGUUGGAAACGAACUCUCUGCCAACAAAUGUGGCGGAAUUAAUAUUGGUGUCAAUUAUUCUGGCAGGGUUCUUCUGGAAACAAAUACUGUCAGAGAUCACAGUGGCCCUUGGCUUGAGUAUCAAUGUUAAAACGGUAGCCCGAUUAAACAUUACAGUUUACUUGACGACAACCAGAUUGAUGCUAUGGGUGCUAUGUUUCCGAAGGGUGAAAAGCGAUUAUAUUCAAAUGCUCCCAGUCUUAGAAGAAAUAAAGAAUUUAACAAUAAGGAAGGUAUGUAUCAUCCCAGAGAGGUGGCUGAACGAACCUGCAGCGGAUGCACUUAUUGUCGUCGCCGAAGAGAUAAAGUAGUGCAUUUAUUGAAGUGCCCAGGAUGUCACAUUGCAUCUUACUGCAGUAAAGAAUGCCAGCGUAACCACAGACUGAAACACGAGACGAUAUGUUCGGCCCUCAAAACUCGCUUUGCUGUUGACGUUGACCGUAUUUCCUUGUUAUACCCGGUGCGGACGUUUGGCACUCAUUUGAAGGGGAUCGGAGAGGGCCCUAAACCAAAAUCUAACGAGGAGUUUAUCGUUAAGAUUCAGACACAAAAUCUAAACAGCCAUCCACUUCAGUUGCUGACACUUUACGACCAAAGUGUUACCAUAGAUUGUAACAUCCAAAGUCCAGAAAUUUUCAACGUGAUAAUGGAGUGUGGCGUUCUUGGAGCUUUACACAAGUCUACAAGUAAGAAAUGUUUUUUCUGGGCCAUGUUUACUGAGCCAGGAGGAAAGCUGACAAUUUAUCUUGAUCACUUGGCUCCUUAUCAAGAGUGGUAAAGGUUCAUUGAACAGUUUUCUACGAUCCCCAUCCACUCGCGCAAGUAGUCCUGAAACAGUUUUGUAGUUGAACAUUUCCUUUUGCUGUCUUAUUAAUAAUUUCAAGUGUUUUGACGUGCCAUUUGGAAAAAAA